AUGGAGGUUGCGUAUCGCACUCAAUUAACAACAGCUUUGGAUGUUACAUUCUUUAUUUUGAAGCAAGGUUUACCUUUCUGUGGGCAUGAUGAGUCAUUAAAAUCUUUAAAUAAAGGUAAUUUUUUAGUGUUGAUUGAGUGGUAUACUCAAAGAAAUGUCGAGGUUUCCAAGACAAUGAUUGAUAAUGCCCCAGGAAACAAUCAAAUGAAAUCUCCAAUAAUUCAAAAGGAUUUAGCACGAGCUUGUGCCAAUGAAGUCACAAAUAUCAUUCUUAAUGAUAUAGGAGGCAAUGUAUUUUCUCUUAUGGUUGAUGAGUGUCGAGAUAAUUCAGUCAAAAAGCAAAUGGGAGUUGUUAAAAGAUACAUGAACAAAUUUGGUUGUGUUAUUGAUAGAUUUCUUGUUGUUGUGCAUGUGUCUGACACUUCUACUAUUUCUUUAAAGAAAGCUAUUGAUGGAUUAUUUGCGAAACAUAAAUUAUCAUUAUUAAGAUUGAGGGUCCAAGGAUACGACGGGACCUCAAACAUGAGAGUUGCUAAAAGUAAUCGAAUUGUUAGUGAUUUUUUCCAGUAUAUUACUCUAAUUGUGAAUAUUGUUGGUUCUUCAUGUAAAAGAAAAGAUAAAUUCAGACAAGUUGAACAUGAUAGACUCUUAGAAGGUUUAAAGAAAGGAGAUAUUAUACUCUACCUUACUGAACUUUAUCCGGAGGAUUUUUCGCUAACUGACCGUAUAGUACUUGAGAAUCAGCUUCAGACUUACAUUCAAAAUGAACAAAAUGAAUUUUCUAUGAUUCAAGAUUUGGAAAGUCUUGCUAUGAAGAUGGUUAAAACUGGGAAACAUAUAGUUUUUACAUUGGUAUAUCGGUUUAUUGAGUUAGCAUUGGUUUUACCUGUUACGACUGCUUCUGUUGAAGGGUCUUUUAUGCGAUGA